CUGGGUCGUUACAUUUAGCAGGCUUUGAUGGCGCAAAUACAUCUCUUAACUUGGGAAACGGGGCAAGUGUUUGUGUUUAUAAGGGAAAAGGCAUGACGUGCUCUCCACUCGUAUACGGUAUCUGUGUGAACUCUUGCUGUGCACGUGGGGAACCUUUCGCACACUUUACGGCCAAGCCGAAUGCAGAAAGCGCGGAAUGCUCCAAUAAAGCGCUAAGCGAGUACUACUACGCGACGAAGUUUCCGCAUAGGAUAGAGGCGUGCUAUUUUCCGUAUGUGCAGCCUCGAAAGCGAACGCAGUUGAGAUCACGUACCGGUACAAUCUGCCACUUUGUGCAUUGCAGCUCAUUACAAGGAUGUCAAGUGUAACGCGUUCAGAAUCAUUACCUAUACUCGCGACAAGUUCAGCUAACGUCGCGUCCGCGUCACCUAGGAAUCAGCCUACCGGCGCCACUGCUGAGGCGCAUCCGCAUCCUCACCUAGGCUCUGGUGCUAACACAACGCAAUUAAACGGUGAAACUGCUCGACUUCUUAAUGACUAUCCACCACGCGCGCCUGCGCCAUCCAGCCCCGCAGAAAGGCUUCGCAGGGCCUUUACAGCUCCCUGGCAUGCGCUAGCUGUACGCCGCACCACACAGGCACGAGCCAGCAGCUUUGACCUCAGCGCCCACGUGCUAUGUGGAACCCGGCCCAUCCUUGCUCCAGCGGUUGAUCCAUCCAUCCGCAGUCAAGCAAGCCACCGUAGCUCUACAAGCCGUUUCACUGUGGACGGCCUGCCCGAAGUCCCUGCUCCCGACGCCUCUGCGCAUAGCCUCAGCCACCACCUCGGUGACGGUAGCAACAGAACACCCAUGGGGCUGCCGAGUCUGGCGCUUGUGGGCUCAAUCGGCACGUCCCGUCUUGGACGAGCGGCCAAGGCCCCUGCCUGCCUAAACAGGCCCGAAUCUCAGGGAUCUCAGGAUACCUCUAGCAACGGUAAAGCAACGGCCAGCGACCGCCCGUGGCAGCACGUGCACCCACAACAAGAGCAGCAGCAGCAGCCAGGGCUCCAAUCUGGCGGUUUGACUGAAGCGGCAGCGCUUACCUCUAGGGCCAGCGGCGGCGCCGUCGCCGCCUGCGGUCAUCCUGCCACAUUAGCAGCACCGCCCUUACCAUUGGAAGCCGGCGGGGAAAGGGAGCCCGUCGCCGCCGUCAAACACACCCCGUCGCCGCCAUCUGCGGCCCCUUCUCCCGCCGCCGCCGUGCUGCCCGCCGCCGCCUCGAUGGUGGGACUUGAUUGGGACGAUGUUCGGAACCCCAUGAGCCCCUACUACAACCCUCUGCUUGAUCAGCAACCACGCUCCCGACCCGACGACGCGGCGGCGUCACAGGCGCCGCAGGGCUCCUCCUCUGCCGUACUUCCGCCGCCGCCGCCGCCGGUGUCGUGCAAGUCGCAGGACUGUUCCCAGUCGGGUCGCCACCGCCGCCACUUCCCUGCUGCCUCUCCGCCCCUGCCCUCCGCCUUUGCACCAGCUCCGGCCGGAUUAGAACCCUGCGGCGGCGGCGAUGCGAAUGCGAACGGUAGCAAGGGCUGCAGCGCACGAGACGCCUUCGGAACCGUCAGCGGCGGCGGCAGCGGCAGAGGCGGGGACCAUGCUGAUAAUGCUCGCGUUGUGUUGUUGGAGAUGAAGGGGCCGCGCGGCACUCCCACUCGAGCCCAGGCGGCGGCGACGGCCUUCGCGUCGGGAGCGUCAGCCUCUCCGGCGGGUCCUGAAGCCGCCGCCGCCGCGUUAGCACUGAAGCUGACGUUACGCGGGAGAGUGGCGUCGUACUUUGGCAAGUGGCGCGGUGUGGGGGACACGCUGAUGCCUGCGGAUCAGCCGGUGGACAUCUUCUGGUCUUGGCUGGGCGCGUUCCUCUCCAUCCUGCUGGUUGCGUUGCUGCAUCAAUACCUUACGCCGCGCAUCAGCCUGCCGCUCAUGAUCGCCUCCUUCGGAGCCUCCGCCGUGCUGCUAUUCGGCGUGCCCGCGUCCAAGCUAGCACAGCCGCGCAACUUACUAGGUAGGACCUUUUGGGUCAAGAAAGGAGCCGGGAAUCAACUACCCUGCACAUGAUUCUUCCCUCCUCUGAAGUGCACCUUGCUGCCACUGAACUGCGCUGCCUGUAACCAGACCCGUGUUUCUCCCGUAUCCUCUCCCCCUCCAUCUCCCGGCCCCCCAGGCGGCCAGGUGCUGAGUGCGAUCGUGGGGGUGCUGGUUCGCAUGGCCUUCCAGAGCGCUCCGCAGCUCGUGUGGCUGUCUGCGGCGCUGGGCAUGUCGCUGUCGCUGGUGGUGAUGCAGCUGACGCGCACCACACAUCCGCCGGGCGGCGCCUCGGCCCUCAUCGCCGCCUCCGCCGCCAACAUCGGCGCCUGGCACGGGUUCAAGUUUGUGUUGACGGUGCUGUUCGGUUCUCUGGCCAUGUUGGCGGUGGCGGUCCUGGUGAACAACCUGAGCUCGAGACGCCGCUAUCCAACCUAUUGGUGGGGCAAGUGAGGGACGCCGUUUGGGGGUUAAAGAGAAAUGAAUUUAAGGUAAAGCCACAAAUUAGCGCAAGGCAAGGGGGAUGAGAAGGGCAGGGGAGAGGGCAGUGGCCGCUUUGGGGUGUGGGUAUGAGGGGUGAGGGUUGGGCUGGUGUGAGGUGGGUUAGGUUGCUCGCAUGCAGGCAUGCGUGCUUGUGUUUACCACAAGGGGGAGGCGCGCUUGGGGAAACGUAUAUCGACUGGGUUUGUAUGGGGCCUGCGAGGCGAUUGCAUGGCAUCGCAAUGAAUGAAGCAUGUGAGAGAUUGGCCGUUAAAGCUGAUGACUCUUGACGUCUUGAAAUGUAGACAGGAACUAGGUAAGGCAUCUGUUUGGAAAGCGCGGAAGUGUCUCCCUUGGUAUGACUCGAAGCUAUGGUACGGUACCUCGAACUGUUCAGUCUCUCGCAUGUUACACUGUCGUUUGUACAUGAUGAGGCUAGGUACGCAUCAGGCGCCAUGGGCGGUACACGCGCGUUUGCAUUUCAUGGGAGGGGUAGGGACGGCUGCGUCUUCUGACGCAGCGUGCGGCGUGCACGCAGGCCACUGCUCCAGCAGGCUUCCGUACGUGUUGCAUGAGCUGGGAUGUGCUUGUUAACAGCCUGUGAGUAGCACAUGGCACAUGGAGGCAGGGAGCGGGGUGCUCCAAAGGUUUAACAGUACUUCAAGUACAACUGAGAUACAUAAGGUUGGGGAUAAUCGCUGCCCCCUGGAGGAUGGAAUGUGUUGUGAAUGUUGCUCAACAGAUCGUUACAUACGCCGUGCUACAUUGCUUUGUGUGGACUGGCAUUCUGGCAAUGUUCGGAGGUAGGUACUACUACUUACCCCGCAACUGCCGUGUUUCGUAUCAUGGGUACGGUUAGCUAGCUGUUAUACAAUACUGUGUGUACCUUGUAUAUUGUCUUUGUAUAAAAAGACCCGUACGGGUCCGGAUAGAGAAUGAACUUAACAUGGAUGCUGGCUGGGGGCUUUGCGUCGCCCUGUUGUUGUCUGCAUCGAACCACCUUGCGCAGUGAUGCCCCUUGCAGAAGCCUGAAGGGUUGUCUUGAAUUACAGCUGUUGUCCUCUACAAAGACGUGUUCAUCACCUUACGCAGACAUGUAUGCCUAGCAUGUAUGCCUUGUAGGCGCUUGCAGAC